AGUUGGACUCGACCGAGAAGAGGCGCGAAAGUUGUGGCUCGCGCAAGAGAGAAAAACGGAGAGAGAAACACCGGGAUAGAUAGAGAGAGAGAGAGAAAUAUACCGGGACAGAUAGAGAGAGAGAGAGAAAAAAAUACCGAGAUAGAAAAAAUUAAAUCGGGAGAGAGGGCGAGUCACCGGAUCCGGGUUGCUGGUUUUGGGCGGAUUGAGAUUCUGUGGCCGGCAGGAUGAACGGUAUUAUCAAAGGUGACGGAAACAAAUCUUGUCUUCAAGUGAACUCCAGUGAGGAGCAAGAGGUGUUAGACGCUGGCUCUGUCACAGAGUCCAGAAACGGUGAGUUGGCUGAGCAUGAGGUGAAUGAGAUCAUAACAGCCAGCAUGUUGGAAGAGGAAAGACAGCUGGAGAAGGAAGGACAGGAGGAGGAGAGAAAGCUGAUGCAACAGGCCAAAAUGUUCUGGGAAAAAGACUCGCGUGAAAUGCGUUAUAAGCGAUUGCAGCACUUGCUGGAGAAGAGUAACAUUUAUUCAAAGUUUUUAUUGACAAAAAUGGAGCAGCAACAGUUGGAGGAGCAGCAAAGAAAAGCAAAACUCGAAAAGAAGAAAAAGCUGCUGGUGACAGCUCAAACGGUGAAUGGGGACAACUGGUCAAUACAAGAAACUGAAACAGCAAUAAAGAAGAAAAGAGGAAGAGAAGAAACAACAUACAAUCUUUCCGAUUAUAUCAGCAAGGAGGACAUUUUGUCAAGGGUUAAAAAGGCUAAAACAGAUGAGAACGCCGAUACAACAUCUCUGAAAAAGCUUGAGGCUGAAGAUAUUGCGAAGAACCAAGAUUCAAAUUUUGCCAUCAAAGACCGGCUGGCCCAGACUGUCCGCCACAACUCUCAGCAUCUCCUGGACCCUGUGAGGCAGGUGAAUAGCCAACCAGUUCCAUAUCAACAGCCCAAACUCUUCACGGGUGGAGUGAUGAGGUGGUACCAGGUGGAGGGUAUGGAGUGGCUGCGGAUGCUGUGGGAAAAUGGUAUUAAUGGGAUUCUGGCAGACGAGAUGGGCCUGGGGAAGACCGUCCAGUGCAUCGCCAUGAUAGCCAUGAUGGUGGAUCGAGGGGUCCCUGGACCUUUCUUUGUCUGUGGCCCUCUGUCUACUCUACCAAAUUGGGUCUCGGAGUUCAAGCGAUUCACCCCAGAGAUUCCUGUGCUGCUUUAUCACGGGAGCCAGAAAGAUCGUUUUCAAAGCCUGCGUAAAGUCCACAAACGGCAGGGCUCUCUACACAUCUUACCAGUUGUCAUCACUUCUUAUGAAAUAGCCAUGAGGGACAGAAAACACUUCCAGAAUUGUCACUGGAAAUACCUCAUCGUGGAUGAAGGCCACAGAAUCAAGAACUUAAAUUGCCGCUUGAUUCAGGAGUUGAAAAGGUUCAACACUGACAACAAGCUGCUGUUGACUGGAACCCCUCUCCAGAAUAACCUGGCUGAACUCUGGUCACUGCUCAACUUUCUACUGCCUGAUGUAUUUGACGACUUGAAAAGUUUUGAAUCUUGGUUUGACAUUACAAGCAUCACGGAAAAUGUUGAAGAUAUAGUUGCCAGCGAGCAGGAGCAAAACAUUCUGCACAUGCUUCACCAGAUUCUGACUCCGUUCUUGCUGAGGAGAUUGAAGUCUGAUGUCACUCUGGAUAUUCCUCCAAAGCGGGAGAUCGUGGUUUAUGCACCUCUGAGCAAAAAGCAGGAGUCCUUCUACAAGGCCAUAGUCAACAAGACCAUCACAACACUGCUGGGACAGGAGCCUGAGCAGGAGAAACCACAGUUGACCCCUACUGGUCGUCCGAAACGCCGAAGCAGGAAGCUAGUGAAUUAUACUGAGAAUUACGAUGAUGAUGACUUGGAGAAAAUGAUUGCUGUGAUGCAGCAGAAUGUCCAUGAGCAGAGCAGGCCUGUGUUGGAUGUUUAUAUCCCACAAGAUAAGGAAGUCCACCUGAAAUUGCAGAAUGUGUUGAUGCUGCUCAGGAAGUGUUGUAACCACCCUUACCUAAUUGAAUACCCACUGGACCUCAAAACUCAGGAGUUUAAGAUAGAUGAAGAGUUGGUGAAAAGCUCAGGAAAAUUUCUUAUUUUGGACCGAAUGCUGCCAGAACUCAGCAGAAGAGGGCACAAGGUGCUGUUAUUUUCUCAAAUGACAUCAAUGCUGGACAUCCUAAUGGACUAUUGCUACCUGAGGGACUAUAAAUACAGCCGAUUGGAUGGCUCCAUGUCUUACAUUAUGCGCGAGGAAAAUAUAAACAAUUUCAACAAUGAUCCUGAAGUCUUCAUCUUUUUACUGAGCACUCGAGCUGGGGGUUUGGGCAUUAACCUGACAGCAGCAGACACUGUCAUUAUAUAUGACAGUGAUUGGAAUCCUCAGGCAGAUCUUCAGGCUCAGGAUCGUUGUCAUCGGAUUGGCCAAACCAAACCGGUUGUGGUAUAUCGCCUGGUAACUGCUAAUACCAUCGAUGAGAAGAUUGUGGAAAAAGCUACAGCAAAAAGGCGACUCGAAAAGAUGGUUAUACAUAAAAAUAAGUUCAAAGGGGGCAAGUCAGGCUUGAAGCAGUCUCGGAGCUGUCUAGAUUCUACAGAGCUGAUGGAGUUGCUGAAGUCUCGCGAUCAUGAAAGAGUGGUGAAGGGAUCCACUGAGAAAGUGAUAAGUGAUAUUGACCUUCAGACCCUGUUGGAUCGCAGUGACCUCAGCAAACAAAUGAAGAAACGUACCUCAGGAAUCAAAAACCAGACAGACAAAGUUUUCAGAGUACUUGAUAGUGGUGACACGAAUGCAGGAAUCCAACUGUGUGGGCUGUGAGAGAUGGCUGGAGACAUCUCUUUAUUCAGGUGUUAGUUGUGCUGUUCCCAGUCCUCCUUUCCCAGUAGGGAAGAGUCAUAGUUUGAGUGAAAGUCACUCCUGGAGUGCAGAUUUAGGAUCAGUCUGCACUCUCUUAAGGUUAUUGAUCUAACAAGCCAUCCUGCUGUUAAAGUUUUUAAAGUGGGACUUUUUUUUAAAGAAGUGUUUUUUUUUUUUGCACAGUAGCAAAUGCAGAUUGUUUUUUUCAGUUUGAGACUUAUCGCUGCCUGGAACCUGAAUAAUGAGUUUAAUUUCACCCUUUAACCACCGGACAGGUGGAAUGGGCAAAUAAAGAUUGUGAUUUUUUUUGUUUGUUUCUGCAUUUUAUUCUAUAUAAUUCUGUUUAGUUUACAUGUAUGUUGCGCUCUUACCCUCUUAAGAUAUUUGCACAUGUAUGGUCUCAGCGGAGGAGGCCUUGAUCAAGAGAAAUAGGAAGUUGACAUCAGUUUGCCAGGAGUACCAGUGUGUGCCUUACUGUUGUAAUUAAUGCCAGUCAUUGGUUGUUGGCAUCUGAUUCAGAAUUGAGAAGUCUGGCAAUGUACCACUGGAUGUUUUUAAAUUCUCAUGGUCUUCCUUCACCGUCAGAAGAGAAUUUGCCACCAUUGUUUUUUUUUUAGUCUUGUUUUUAAAUAAAUCGGCACCAGGGUGGUGUCAUUGGACGCUGCUCUCCCCACUCUGACAGACAAUGCUUCAGUUAUUGAUUUAAAAAUCUGUGAUUUCUCCCCCCCUUUUGAGUUUUGUGUCAAAUAUACUGAAUGUGCAGUUUAUUAAACUGUUUGACAGCAGUCAAAUUUCUCUCUCCCCUUCCUCCCUCCACCUGUUAAUUGUUACCACAUGAGGCUAAGGGGUUGCCAGUGUAACUUGCGCAGGGUGGGACCCAUUGCUCACUCAAACACAACUUGUUUUAAUUAGAGUGCCAGGAGAGCGGAGCUGAAGUGGAAAUCUUACAAAGCACUGCUCAUUGCACCUUGCUUUCCGUUUGCAAUGCGUCACCACUUCUGUUGAACCCAGGGCUAGGGGAUGAGGGCUGGCACUGAGCUACUUCCAGUAACAACACCUAGGAUCAUGAAAGCCUAUUCUUGGGAACAGUUAGAAGUGUGGAUUUUCUUCUCUUUAGUGCUAUUGACAGCAAUAGUUCAUGUGAAAUGAGUAGAAUGGUUAGUGAUAAUUAUGACGUAUUAAACCUGCUGGAAACUAAGAAAUGCAACCUUUGAGAUUUCAGUUUUCUUGGGAAAGAGUAAUGCUGCUGUUUCUUUAAACCAUUUGGGUUUGGAUAAUUGCACAGGGAUUCAAUUGGGGUUUAAAGAAAAUAUCGGAAUAAAGUUUGUAGGACCUGAAUACUGCAGCUUUAGUUACUGCUUAGUCAAGACUUUCUAUAAACAGAUGUCUAGCACUACAAAUAGGAGACUGAUCCCUGCUUGUAAAAACAAAACCUGGAGGACUAGAAUACUUCAGCAUCGUCAAGACCAGGGACCAGGACCUUUCGUUCACCUCAAACUUCAAUCCCUGAUGUGUGCUGAAUGCUGAUGUAUAAACUGUAAAAAAUAAAACGUUUUUAUUAGAAAUAAAAUUUUCAAAUUGG